AAGUAGCUCUCAUUGACUUACAGAGAACAACAAAGCCACACGGGUAGGAGCCAUUAACCUGAGUCAGUGAACCAAAAGAAAAAAAAAAGAGGGACGGAGGUGUACUGCGCCCAUCAGCGCUUGCAAUGGCGGACGCCGAGAAGACGAGAGAAGCCAAUUCCAAUUCAGGGAUAAACUCGAACUCAGGUCAAAGUAAACGGCCGUCGCGUGACGGUUGGCGACUCGUGAUUAUUGCAGUGGACGAUGAAAUUGUCGGCAGGAAUGCACUAGAGUGGUACCAUGACAACAUCCAUCGUCCUGAUAACCUGGUGCACGUAUGCCAUGUGCCGAACUUCCGUGACAAGGUGGAGCCGAAUAUGGACCCUGUGGCCAUUCUGAGACUGAUGAAGAAUGUUAACAACUUCGCAGAAGGUCUCAAAUAUAUUUACGAGGGUCUUCUGUGUGAAUUGCAGUCCCAAUACAUCAGCUACGGAUUUAACCACCGCCGACCUCAUCAUGGGCAGCAUGACGCGUGACCUCCUGGUGCACUGCCCAGUGCCUGUACUGGUAGCCAGACCCCCAGAACAGCCGAAACCACGCGCCACCGGACCUAUGUAGGUCACCGUCACCUGGCAGGCUGAGCUGCAUCCUCCGUUGAAAUUUCUCACUUCAUCUCUCUCUCUCUCUCUCUCUCUCUCUCUCUCU